ACUGACGUCAUACCCCAGCGCCUGGCGCGCGCCGGCUGACAAUAUCCGGGAUCGGGAAUAGAGUACGGUAUCGAUCACGUCAUGACCAGUCGUAAUCUUUGCGUUACUCUGUCCAGAUUCGCCUAACUUUGUUAAAUGGUCCGGAAAGUAGGAUUAUUUUCAUAAAUUCAGACUCCGCUUCAACUUCAACUCAAGCCCCAGGCCAAGCUCCAUCCAUCCUCCAGACUCAGCCCCAAUUCAGCAGGCUCAGCUGACCUUACGGUGCAGUGCCAGUGCGAGGCCGACCGGCUUGCCAGCGAAGCAAUUUUCGAUGCAAAGUACACAGUAGUCAUGAUGGCAAUGCCAUUGAAGUUCGUAGUUUCUCAGUAAUAUUCAUUCAUCAAAAUGGGAGUGGAAUCUGAAUUUGACACCAUAUUUGACCUCUUGGAUGCCAGACAGAAAGGUUUCAUAGAAUACAAUGAGAUUCUUGAUUUUUACCAGGCAUUUUAUUUUAUGCCUGUUGCAAGAGAUCAAGUACAUGAAGCCAUAAAGCAUGUAUGUGGCAAAGAAGCUGAUGGAAGAUGUGGGAAGAGUCAAUUUUUAGAUCUGGUGGUGGAAUUAGAGCGGAGACGGCAGGUUGAACAAGGAUCUUGGUGGGACUUCAAAGCUCUGGAUACAAAGGAUGCAGAUAGAAUAUCAGUAAAGGAAGGUCUGUUUUUGAUGAAAGCUACUCACCAAGAACAUUUUACAACCAUCACAUGGCAAUCAUUCCUUGAGUCUCGUUCACACCCUCAUGAAGACAUCAAUUAUUCUGAGAUACGCAUGUGGCUAUGUAAUUGGCCACUUCAUGGGACACACUGUGGAUAUGAUGAAGUCAUUGCAAUGGGAGAGAAGUUGGAUAAGGAAAAGAAGAGACAGGAUAUGCAGAGGAGGAAGAAAGUGAUGAAUCUUGAGGAUGAUUUCAUCAAAGCAAUUGAAGCUCAGGAAAAACAACAAUACAGCAACAAAUUCAGGAACGAGGCCAAGCGAAAAUUGAACAGGUGGGUCCAGCUAGGAGUAGAGUCCUUAUUAUUUGAUGAUGGAUAUGAUGCCUUUGAAGGAGAUGGUACACAAAGAAAUACAGUCUCAGUCCAAGAUCUUAUGGAAGCUAUGGAUGAGAAAUAUGAUAUUCUGAGAGAGAAACUCUUAUGGGAAGCCACUCAGAAACAUGUCGGUGAGAGCAUUUGGUCAUCAAUGAGGGAGAGUGAGCAUGAAGAACAAGUCUUGAGAGUGAAGACCAAAGAGACUGAAUACAGAGUCAAGGGUGACUUUGAGAAGAUCACACAGCUGUCUGUCUCCUACCAACUUUAUAAUAGUACUCUGAUAUCCAUGAUGGGGUAUGAAAGAUUGGCCCAUCUAAAAUACCUCAAAGAAUUACAAGACAAAGAGAAGAAGAUGAAAUUAGAUGGAAAGACAUCAGAUGAGAUUUAUCAAGUCUUUUCAGAAGAACACAUGCAGAAGAUUCAAGGAAGAGCCACUGCAGGUCAACUUUUGAUUGACCUUCACAAGCGUCAUGUAUCUGAGAGAGAGUUUGUCCUCUCCUUACUGAAGGGAAGUCAAGGUCGUCCAUUAUUUGCUGCUGAGAUGGUGACGGAAUAUGUCCAUUAUGUAACCCAGCAAUUGAUAGCAGCAUGGGAACCAUCUCAACUAGAGUAUUCAGCUAUGGCCAUGGGAAUCUCAGAGAGAACUCAAGAUCUUAAAUCAUCCUGCUACGACUAUGAUCGUGAUCUUCAUGAACUGCUUGGGUUGCAUCGAUUACAUCAAGAUGGUGCAUCCAAGCGUCCAGACAAGCCUUCAGGGGAACACUUUCCAAUGGAAGGCAGGAACCGUGGUAUUGUGGAUCUUCAGGUUGAGAUCAUGAGGGCUGUACUUAGAAAACAAAUGCAUGAGAGGAUGAUGAUGAGUUACAUGCUACAAGGCAAGGAAAGUACUGCAUGGAGAGCUGCAGCUAAUAGAAGACCUUCAAGAGAAGCCAAGGAACAACGUAUCAAUGAACUAAGAACACUUUGCUCAAAUUGGAGACAAAGUCCUCUUGAGUACAUUAGGAGCAAGCAGAAUGCACAUAUUAAGAUGCUGCUGGAAGGAACAUGGCUGUAUCAUGCUAACAAACAACUUGACAUCCGAGGAGGUCACAACUUGACAUUGACCCAAGUCUCUGCACAUCUCAUGGCUGAUCUUCAGCAACAUCACUCUAGGGAGCUAGAGAGAAUCCUGCUUGAAAUGCAACAUAAGGACUCCAAAGAUCUAAUGUCAAUCUGGCGUCGUGAAUACGGUGCAUUGAAUGAAGAGUUUUUGGAUGGUAUAUCAGCAGUGAUCCUUGGAACCUUUGAACUCUCUUUUGAAGAACUUGAAAUAGUAGCAGCCGUGGAAGCCAAGUAUGAUGUCCUCAGGGACAAGCUGUUGAUGGAUGCUCUAUUGAAGCAAUAUGGAGAAGCUGAAUGGAAGAAGAUGUCUGAAGGAGACAGGCAAAGACUUCUUAUCAAACUCAAGCUAGAAGAGAGACGUCUAAGACAAGAAGGAAAGUUUGAUCAGGCAGCCAAACUUCUUGGAGAUAGCAUUAAGGAUAAGGAAGCCCUUCAGCAGUUGAUGGGAAAGAAUCGUGAAGAAUUUCAGAAAAGACUUCAGCAGAGGUUGAUGGAAAGAGAGAAGCGUAAAGCCAUGGGACUAGACUCUGAUACAGAGAGUGAUACAGAAAUGCAAGAAGAAGAAGGAAAACGAGGCAACAUCCUGAAAGACCUACAGAAUAGACAUGAUGAGGAAUUGAAUGCUAUUAUGAUGUUAUUACGGCAACAGCAGAACCAAUACCUGAAUGAAAGGGAACGUCAGGAACUACUGUUAAGACUAAGAAGAGAAAAACGGAGAGCUGCUAAAGAAUCUAACUUUGAUGAAGCAGCUAUCUUACUUGGUCUGGCUGAAAGAAACAAAGUGAACAUGGAAGAAAAACUGAAGGCAGAACGUGAACGUCAACUGAAGCUAGCCAGAGAAAGAAUUGCAGCAAGGAAGAAGAAAUCAGGCCAAGUUAUAGACAAUGACUUUGAUGAUCCUAGCUUACCACCAAAAGGUGAUUUGGAGGCUUGGCGAGAUGCUGUCCUUCGUGAGAUGGAUCGCAAACAUAGAGCAGAGGUGGAACUUCUAGUUACCAUAGUGAUGGAUGAAGGGAGUGAAGAUGUAAGAGAUGCUGCCAGGAAGAUGGGCAAAGAGGGCCGUCAACAGCGCCUCUUGUAUCUGCGCUCCAAAGCUGAGGGUCUAAACUUGGAAAAGAAAGAAGAGAGAGAAGAGAACCGUGACAUCCUUGAAGAAGCUGGAGCCAUCAAGAGUAUCCUUCGUCAUCGGACGUUGCAAGAACAGUUGAAAGAAGGUCAAGAGGUAGAACAGGAACAGGUGACGACUACACUCCUAGCUGACCUACAGGAAGAACAAGAGAAAGAAAGUGAAGUCAUCAUGGCAACUAUAUUCACCAUGAAUGAGGAGCAGCUUUCACGUCUACGAAUGGAUCAGAUCUGGUCUCGUCACAAUGAGCAGGGAAGCAAUGCUUUGAUUGUACUUACACAGUAUGAAGGUGUAGGGGAUGAAGACAGUCUAUUGAAGGCCCUGGACAAGAAAUAUGACACCCUACGAGAGAAGGUUCUGAAAGCUGCUCUUAUAAAAAAGGUUGGAGAAGAGAAAUGGGAUAAAUUGAGUGAAGAAGAGAGACAUAAGAUGGUGUAUGAUCUCAAACAACAGGAAAGGAGACUUAGGGCUGAAGGGAAGACAUCAGAGAUCAGUCAGCAGUUAGGAAUAGUUGUAACAUCAGAGGGUAUUAAAACAUUGAUGGGCACAGAGAGAACCCAAUAUGAAGAGAAAAGAAGACAGAAGAUGGAACUCAGGAAAAAGAGAGUAUCACAAGGUUUAGACCCUAUUGAAGAAGGUGAAGAUGAAGGUAUCUCAGAGGAUGAAGAUUCUGAAGGUGACAUUGAUGUUCUUACUCAGAUUGAGAAGCGUCAAGAUGCGGAACGGGAAGCUCUGAUUGCUCAACUACGGGGAGUAGAAGCCCAGUAUCUGAAUGAGAGAGAACGUCAAGCAGAGUUAGCUAGGUUAAAGAGAGAGGUACGCAAAGCAAGGAUGGAGGAUGGCUUCCAUGCUGCAGCAUUGGUCUUAGGAUUAGCAGAGAGACACCAGGCUGCUGCGGAUGAGAGGCUAAAGCAAGAUCGGAGACGCCAAGAGCAGUUGGCCAAGGAACGUUUGGAAGCUGCAAGGAAGAAAAGGAAACUUGGAACUAUCCAAGAGGAAAGCGAAGAAGAUCUUGAUAUCCUAAAUAGUGGAGAUAAGGCUGCUAUGCAGGAUGCUGUAAUGAAGAUGUUAGAGAUCAAGCAUGAGAAAGAGAGAGCUGCUCUUUUACGUCUACUUCAACAUGAAUUUAGUGAAGAAGAGAAAUUUGUUGCAGAGAAUCUCAUGAAUGAAGCAAGAGCUGAAAAACAACAAGAGAUAUGGAAUCAGAGAAAACAACUCAACUUAAAUAACAAAGAGGAACACUUCAAGCUUCUGUUAGAGGCAGCCAUCUUGAAGUUGGUGUCGCGUCGUAAACUUCUACAGUCUACAAGUUCAGAGGUUACCUUGGAUGAGGUUAUUGUAUCUAUCAUGGCUGACUUACAGCUGCAUCAAGAUAAAGAGAGUGAGACUAUUAUACAGACCCUUCCAGAUAAGGAGUUAGGAGCUCUGAAGAAGCUUCAGAAGGAGAGUUUAGAAGCCAUCAAACUUGAUAUACAUGAGAAUGUAGCCAUAGUGAUAACAAGUACAGAUCUUGGUAAUCAGGCUGAUGAGAGUCAGUUGGUAGAAGCUCUAGAAGCUAAAUAUGAUGCUCUUAAAGACAAGUUACUUGCUGAUGCACUCAUGAAACAGAUGGGCGAAGGUGAAUGGGCUCGUCUGUCAGAGAGAGAACGACAGCUACGUCUGAUGAAACUCAAGCUAGAAGAGAGAAGACUGAGACAAGAAGGAAAGAUGGACGAAGCCUCUGCACUACUAGGAGAUGCUUUAAAAUCACAGAAGGCUCUUGAAGCAUUAAUGGGGGAGUCUAAGAAGGCACAAGAAGAGAAACUUCGGUUGAGGCUUGAGAAACGCAAACAGAGACUCGCUGAAGGAAUGAGUGAGGAAGAUGUAGAUCGUCUUGAGGAUGAAGAGAUUAAGCAGGAGGAGGAAGAACUGAAGAAGCAACGAAGAAAUAUUCUUCUAGACCUUGACAAUAGAUUAGAUGAUGAGAAAGCAGCCCUGUUAGCAGCACUAAGAGGUCAAGGUGACAGACUUCAAAGUGAGAAAGAGAGGCAAGCAGAGCUAGCUAGACUGAGAAGGGAACAGAGAAGGGCUAGACAUGAAGACAAGUUUGAAGCUGCUGCUCUUGUAAUGGGGCUUGCACAGAAAGCUGAUGAUGCAGUGGAGAAAGAUCGUAAGCGACAGGAGCAGUUGGCCAAGGAGCGUUUAGAGCAGAGACGCCGUCUGAAGGCAGCUUCCCGGGAGAAGAAAGAGACUGUUACCCCUGUAAUGCUACCUGAGAAUGAGAAUGACAAACAAGGCUUACAGGAGGCUGUUAUCCAAGAGAUGGAGAUGAAACAUGCAACUGAGAGAGACUUCUUGAUGCAGCUGGUGCAAGAUGAAAGUCAGGGAGACCUAAGGAAAACUGCAAAUCUGAUGUCUGAGGACAAACGUCAACAGAGACUCAGUGAACUUAAGGAACAACGUAGACAAUGGAGAGAAAGUGGGCCUACCAAAGAGACAGAAGAGGAACAAACUGACAUUCUAAGGAAAGGAGUAGCUGUGUUGCUUGAGAGUCGCCUGCAAGUAAUGAAAGCUAAUCAAGGUCAAGAGGUCACUGAUGAAGAUGUAGAGGUCAGCCUUAUUGCGGACCUUCAGGAGAAACAGGACAAAGAGGCAAGCUAUCUCAUGGAAGAUCUUGAAAGCAAGAGUGCAAUGACCCUGAAGCAAUUGAAGCAAGUCCAGUUCAUUGCAAGGGCCAAUGGAUGGAAUGACAAUGUAGCAGCCACUGUCCUGGUGACCAAGUCAGAUACUGAGAUGGUGACUGAAGAACAACUCUUAAAAGCUUUGGAGAACAAAUAUGAUGUAAUGAGGGACAAACUACUGGCAGAGGCUUUGAUUAAGCAGACAGGUCAAGCAGAAUGGGCCAAGCUGACUGAACGUGAGCGACAAGCUCGUCUCAUGAAACUCAAGCUCCAGGAACGGAAGAUGAGACAAGAGAAUAAGUUUGAUGAGGCCAACUCCCUACUCAGUCAGGGCAUCAAGGAUCAAGCAGAACUUGCUCGGUUGCUAGGGGCUACCAAAACUGAGCAGGAAGAGAAGUUGAAGCAGCGUCUUGAAAGAAAGAAGCAGUUAAAGGAGGAACGUGAAGCCCAAGGAUUAGAGGCUAGUGAUGAGGUGUUAGAUGAAAUUGUACAACAUGAGAUGUCUCGAAAGGAAGUCCUAGAAGAAAGGAAAAAGAGACAUAACAUCUUAGAAGGACUGAACAAUCACUUUGAGGAUGAGAAAAAUGCUCUUCUAGCUGCCUUGAGAAAACAAGAUGAUUCAUUUCAGGGAGAGAAAGAAAGACAACUAGCCUUGGCUAAACUUAGAAGAGAUCAACGUAAACUACAAGAUGAGGAGAAGUUUGAAGCAGCUGCUGCUUUAUUUGGAUUAGCACAACAGCAUGAGAAGGCUAGAGAAACCAACUAUGAGAAGGAUAAAGAACGUCAGAAGCAGCUUGCUAAAGAGAGAUUAGCAGCUCGACGAGCCAAGAUGGCAACAGAAAAACAAAGUGGUAAAGUAGAGCAUCUUACAAGGUCUGAAAUUCAAGAACAACUUUUGACUGAAGAGAAAGAGAAUGCUAAAGCAGAUGCAGCACAUGCCACCAAGACAGCUGAUGGAGACGUUCUUGUUAUGAAGCAAGAUCCUAUAUCCCUGGUUUCUACGGUAAUGGAUGAGGUAGAUAAGAAGCAGAGUAAUGAGAGAGAUGUUCUAGUCACUCUGGUAGAUGGUGCCUUGAAUGAUACCAAGGAACGCUCACGACUUGAAGAGCUAGCUCUCAAGGAUCUGCUUGCCCAGUUAGAAGCCCUGAAGGAAGAAAGACGACAGCUUCGAGAGGAUGCUGAUCUAGAGUUUGGUGAUGUAGAUGUAUCUAAUCUGAAUGAAGAAGAAUUAUCAAGACAUCUUACACAGGUCUCAGAGUAUCAAGAACAACAACAUAGACUUCUUAAGAAUGCUAUUAACAUCAAAAUAGAAAUGACCCGUCGUUCAUUGCUUGAGGAGAAUCGUUUAUCAAAGGAAGAGAUUGAAGAGGAACUUGCUAUCAUGAUGUUAACAGAGCUUCAACAAAAACAAAGUGUUGAAGUCAGUGCUGUCCAGCAUGUGCUGGAAGGCUUUCCGGGAGAUGAAAGGAAAGGUAGAGGCCCUCCUCCUUAUGGGCUUGAUAAACGUCUUAGUAUGGCAUCCAUUGCUUCUGGUGUAGGACACUCAUUCAAAGAAUUAUUCUUCUUGGAAUCUACAGAAAAAGUAAAGAGUGAUGAGUUCCUCCUUCAGAUGAAACUUUCUCAACGCAGAGCACGGCGGGAGGGAUGGCUUGACAAUGUAGCAGUCACAGUGUUUGACAACACUACGGUCACUCUUGAGAUGACCACUGAGAUUGAGGAGAUAACUAAAAGGAUACAAGCUAGAGAGGAUGCCCUCUUAACUAUGGAUAAAGAGCUUGAAGAGAAAAAGGCAAAGAUAAUGAAAAAUGGAAGUGGUAGGUCAGCCAAUGAACUGGAUGCCAUGAUUGCCAAGCUAGAGAAGGAAUAUGCAGACAGAAAGAAGGCUCUAGAAGAGGAGCAAUCCAGGGAGAGAAGACAGGAAGCAGAGAUGAAAGAGGUUAACCAAGAACUGGAACAGAAACAACAAGAACUUCAGAAACUUGAUGAAGAAAUGAAAGAAGCCAUUGAAAAAGAACGUGAGCGUCGUCCUAGUGAAGCCUAUGAUGCUGAUGCUAUGAUGGCAGAAAUUGAGGCCCAGUUUGCUGCUAAGAAAAGGGCAAUGCAAGCUCAACUUGAGCGACAGCGUCGUCAAGCAAUGGAGAAGAUGGCUGCAAGGAAACAGAAACAAGAAGAUAAAAACUAUGAAGAUGAGUUGUCUGUAGCUCUAAUUCAUGCUGCAGAAAAAAGCAAAACUCAGAAAGAAGAAGCAGCAGUAGAACAAAAAAAUAAACAAAAUCAACUGAUGCAAGAUCGUUUGGCUGCCCGAAGAGAACAAAGACGUAAAGCAGCAGAGGAACGUGCCGAAGCAGAGAGGUUGGCUCAAGAAGAGCAAAAGAAAAGAGAGGUCUCUUUUGAAAGAGAGAAAGAGAAAAAGAAGGUGAACUUUGGGGAUGAGCCCAAGAAAAAGGGCAAGAAAGGGGUACAUUUUGGGGCACCACCCAAAGCUGAGGAUCUGUCUGGUCCAGGUCUAAUUCGAGAGAAGACUGUAGUUGAUGUAGACAUGUCUGAAGAUGAGAAACAACACUUGUCUAAGAUGCUUCUAUCUCAUCAUAGCAAUGCACAAUGGAAACUGGAGAAGGAAAGACAAAAGAGAGCUAAUGAGCUCAAAGAACGUUUGGAGAUGCGUAAAACUCGCAUUCAGGAUGCUGCCACCACCAUCUUGGGCCUGGGAGAGAGACAAAAAACUAUGGUAGAAAAUAAAAAGAAGGAUGAAAGGGAACGUCAGAUAGCAAUGGUAAAGGAACGUGUCCAGCGUGUAAGGUAUGAACGCACACAGACCAUGAAGUUUAAAGGAGAAGGCAAGAAACAGUUUCAAGAUUACUUGGAGAAAGAGGAAUCUGGUUUGACGGAAGAUGAGAAGAUGAUGAAGAUAGCCGAUCGGAUCAAUAGUCAAUUUAAGAGAGAUGAAUCCAGCUAUCGAGCAGGACAUAAGAGUGCUUUCACAGCUGAUGAAGAAGAACUGGUUUCUAACUCCUCAGGUUCCAAGCCAUCAACGCCACAAGGAUCAGCACGACCAAAGACUGGACGUCUGUUGGGUCAGAAGGAGAGGGAACGGUUGAUCAAGUCUCGACAAGCCAAGAGAAGAGAGAUUAAGAAGGUCAAUAAUAGUAUCUCAGCUGCACCUGACAUGGACUCACUGGCAAAGAUGAUUGAAGAUCGCAAGAAAGCUGGAGUAGAACAAGAAGAAGAUGAUAAUGGUAGCGAGGUAUAGGAAAAAAGCUGGGUAUGACUGGAAUGUUCUAGUGAAGCCUCAAAGCAAUCCUCUUUUAAGACUGGAGGUGGGACUAGUCAUGAUAAAUGUAUAAUUUGAAGGGUCACUUGAGCAAAAUCACAUCAAUUUUUACCAUGGGGUCCAUUAAAAAGAUAAAAAGGCUAUAUAUUUUAGAGAUAAUAUGAUGGAGGAAAUAAUAUAAUUCCUAAAAAUAAUUAUCAAAUCACACCCCAUACUUUUAACAGUUGUUACUAUAGCUCACCCAUAUACCCCACUUAAUAUGAAGGAAAUCUCAACACUUCACUUGAUUACAUGUAUAUGGUUUGAUUUCACAUAAAUCAUUUAAUCAAAAUCUUUGAUUUUCAUAAAUUGCCAUUGCAGCCUACUAGUAUUUAACAUUCUUUCAAACUACAAAUGAACAUCCUUAAUGAAAAACAUGUAGAUCUCUUGGUCAUUUAGUAUUUUGUCUGUAAGAUAAGGAUAUUUCUUGAUAGAUAUUUCUUGAUAGAUACAGUAUAUAGUUUCUAAGAAUUAAAUCAAAUAGAGUAAAAUGUCACGUUGAAAAUGCUUCAUUAUAAUUUUGGCAUUCAAGGAAAUUUAAAUAAUGCAUGUUUAUCACAAUGACGUUAGUCUUUUAUGGAAAAGGGAAACUGCAUAUUCCUAUCUGUUAUCUUUUUCCUUGCAUUCAUGAGAGGUUGUAGUUAAUUUGCAAUAGCAUCAACUAAUUCAUAUCCUAAAUUCACUAAUUUGCUUCCAUAUUUAAUGACACAUUUUAUAUGAUGUAGCAUACUAUAGAUGAUAAUGUUUGUUUUUAUUUUGUACACUGAGUGAUUCAUUUGAAUAUUUAAGAAAAAUUGUUUGUCCUCGAUUGUUUAGAUAUAGUUCCACAAUUUUAUUUCUGGUUAGUCUACAUUGAGUGUUUAGAAUGUAUUAUUCCUCAUCUCAAUCAAGGUUCUAUAUAAUGGAUUUCAUACUGAACCUACCCUUAUUGAAUUAAGAUGAUAUUGAAAGACAAUCACACUUUAAUAUAUAUCAACAACUUAAUCAUUUAAAGGUAAAAUAUGACUUCAAUUUAUUAUGUAGGCACACAGUUUAUAAUUUCCCUUCAUAAAACAAAGUAGAUGUGGUCUUUUAUAAAUAGUGAGUAAAGAAAAAAAAUACAUGUACAAUGCAGCAGCAUGUUUUAGUGGGUGUUUUUUGGGGUGGGGGGUUGUAUUUCUGCUUAUUUAUAGAAAGUUUACUUAUGCCAACUACUGUAAGUGGGUGGUGGAUAUGUAUUUUUUCAAUGUUACAUGUAUUGAUAUCAGUGUUCCAAUGGUAGAAACAAAAUGACAUCAAACUUACAAUAUAUUUAUAUUUUUCACAUGAUCUAUGGAAUCAUCCUUGUUCAUGUUAUCUGUAAUCAUGGCUUUGAAGUGAUAUCAUAAACUCAGAUAGAGUAAAUUGUCAUUCUAACAUCACCAUUGAACUGUCCUAAACCUUGGCUGGUCUUGAAUUUUUUUAUAUACCGUAAUCACUUUCAAGUUUGUAUUUUUUUCUGAUGCACAUAACUUAAAGUAUAAGUUCUUUCAUAUCGCAAUUUGAAGAUUUUUGUUUACAUUUGAAAUUAUUUGAAUAUUUGAAAUGAAAACCAGGAAGACAUUUCAGAAACUGCAAAACACAAACAGCGAGUUUAGGUAUCUUUGUAAAACCGUAUGCAUGGUUUUUGUCUCGCCUGCAUAGCAGAGCGAGACUAUAGGCGCCGCUUUUCCGACGGCGACGGCGGCGGCAGCGGCGUCAACAUCAAAUCUUAACCUAAGGUUAAGUUUUUGAAAUGACAUCAUAACUUAGAAAGUAUAUGGACCUAGUUCAUGAAACUUGGACAUAAGGUCAAUCAAGUAUUACUGAACAUCCUGCUUGAGUUUCAGGUCAUAUGACUAAGGUCAAAGGUCAUUUAGGGUCAAUGAACUUAGACCAUGUUGGGAGAAUUAUUUUCAAAAUCUUAACCGAAGGUUAAGUUUUUGAAAUGACAUCAUAACUUAGAAAGUAUAUGGACCUAGUUCAUGAAACUUAUGCAUAAGGUUAAUCAAGUAUUAGUGAACAUCCUGCUCGAGUUUCAGGUCACAUGACCAAGGUCAAAGGUCAUUUAGGGUCAAUGAACUUUGGUCAAGUUGGGGGUAUUUGUUGAAUUACUAUCAUAACUUUGAAAAUUUAUGGAUCUAGUUCAUGAAACUUGGACAUAAGGUUAAUCAAGUAUUAGUGAACAUCCUUCCUGAGUUUCAGGUCACAUGGCCAAGGUCAAAGGUCAUCUAGGGUCAAUGAACUUUGGCCAAGUUGGGGGUAUUUGUUGAAUUACCUUCAUAACUUUGAAAAUUUAUGGAUCUAGUUCAUGAAACUUGGACAUAAAGUUAAUCAAGUAUUAGUGAACAUCCUUCCUGAGUUUCAGGUCACAUGGCCAAGGUCAAAGGUCAUUUAGGGUCAAUGAACUUUGGCCAAGUUGGGGGUAUUUGUUGAAUUACCUUCAUAACUUUGAAAAUUUAUGGAUCUAGUUCAUGAAACUUGGACAUUAGGUUAAUCAAGUACCACUGAAUAUCCUGUGCGAGUUUCAGGUCACAUGACCAUGGUCAGUGGUCAUUUAAGGUCAAUGAACUUUGGCCGUGUUGGGGGUCUUUGUUAAAUUACCAUCCUAACUCUGAAGGUUUAUGGAUCUAGUUCAUAACACUUGGACAUAAGAGUAAUCGAGUAUCACUGAACAUCCUGUACGAGUUUCAGGUCACAUGACCAUGGUCAAAGGUCAUUUAAGGUCAAUGAACUUUGGCCGUGUUGGGGGUAUUUGUUGAAUUACCAUCCUAACUCUGAAGUUUAUGGAUCUAUUUCAUAAAACUUGGGAUAUAAGAGUAAUCAAGUAUCACUAAACAUCCCCCGUGAGUUUCAGGUCACAAAACCAAGGUCAAAGGUCAGUUAAGGUCAAUAAACUUAGGCCAUGUUGGGGUAAUUGUUUAAUUGCCAUCAUAACUUUGAAAGUUUAUGGAUAGAGUGAAUGAAAUGUGGACAUAGGUGUAUUUGACAAGUCUUAAGUCACCGUUCAAAUGUCAUCUUUGGUCAAUGAACGUGUUAUUAUGUCAUUAUAUGAAUGGUGUGUUUGUGAAUGAUUAUUUUAUAGUAGUUUUCAAAGUUAGCACUGCUGCUAUAUUAAAUUGCGUAAUGCAGGCGAGACUGCCAGAGGCGUUCCACUUGUUAGCUUUUUGUAUUUAUUUAUUUCGGUUUGAAAAUAUUGCACAUAGCAGCCUUACGGUUGAAUUGCGUACAAUUUACAAAAAUGAUUGAUACAUACAAUACACAUACAAUAGUUGAUAAAAAUAUAAGAUAUUGAAAUAAGACAUGAAUAAUCAAACUCUGAUCUAGAAUCAAUGAAUCUUGGUAAUAGGAUUUAACAAAUGAAUUUACUAAUAAAUAUUUUACAAUAUAUUUCAAAACGGUUGCUUUGGGAUGUAUAUGUCAAAUAAAUAUGCCAGCUUCAUAAAGCUUGGUUUGUAAAUCACUUGAUGCAUACACACACUAUAUCUAAGCUUGCUUAUGACCCCUACCCAAUAAACCCAUUCUGGAGUCUCCUAUAGUGUAGAAAACAAUUGACAUUUUGUUUUUUUAAAAUGAUAUUUUGAACAUUGAAAGCAUUGAAAAUUUGAAUCUUAUUCUUAUAAAGUGAAGAUUAUUUCAUCUGAAAUUUGGUUAACAGAAAACGGGCUUUCAGAAUAUACAAAAAACGUCAUUCCAAAAGUUACAUGUAGGUUUAUGAUGGUUCAUGAAAUCGGUGGCAAUAUAUCCAACAUAAUCAUAUGUAGCGGCUGUUUUACCACUUUUUUCAUCAAUUCAUUCUGUGUGAAAAUUUGAAUCUGAGCACCCUCUCUCAUGUUAUUUUUUUUUGGUCAUAUAUGGGCCAUUAGAAAUUUUAUCUUAUAUAUCUAGACAGUGCAUGUCUGAAAGCUAAAUUGUAUCCUGAAUUUUUUUUUCUAUUCCAUGGUUAUAAAAACAUUUUUCCAAAGCAAACUAUUGAGAAUUGUUUUUUUUUUGCUAUCAUUUUAUAUUUUGUCUUUCAAUUAUAUCUAUAUGUGUUUGAUGAUUAUAAUCUUGUAUUUUAUCUAACAAUAAAUUCAAUUUUGGGAUGGAUAUUCCUUUUAUUAACAAAAAUUGAAUCCAUAUAUAUCAUACAGAUAUUGCCUACCUAGAGUUUGAAUAUAACAUUUCCUCUCCCCGACGGAGUUAUAUUUUUCCCAAGGGAUUGUAUUUUGCCCGAAGCGUGCAGCGCUGAGGGAAAAUAUUCUCCCGAGAGAAAAAUAUAGCUUUGGAGGGGAGUUGAAAUGUUAUUUAUCAAAAAGAUAGACCAGGCAUUAUCUGUUAUAUUAUAUAGUCUAUGUAGACUCGCCAUCAGAGAUUGUUUUCAUCAUCUGGCUCUCUGAUUAACCCAAAAUUCUUGCUGCAGCUCUGAUCCCUCUAUGUCAUAAUAGAAAAAUUUUGGAAAAUACAUCGAGCGCGUUCUUCAUGCAAUCGAUGUGUUAACACUAGGGCAUACAUCAAAUAAACUACCUGAUUAUACAACCAUAGGGUAAGCAACAAGUGAAGUCACCUUGGUGAAUAUAACGCCGAAAUUGACAAUACACGCAGUUAUAUUCACUGAGGUGACGUCAAAACCUAGAAUAUAAGAAAUGUGAUCCUCGCAGCUAUGAUCAUGUGAUGGCGAAUUGACCUAUCACUGAUUCGAAUCUACAUAGCCUAUGUAAUAUAUGUAUAAAUAUAUAUACUUUGAUCAAUUGUUUGUAUUUCCAUGUCUUUCACUAAAGUAUGUAUCUGUCCAUUUUCUAUUCAUUAUUACAUAUCUUGUGAUUGGUAAUUUAUUGUAAAUAAAAUCAGUUAUUUUCUUUACGGUUUACAUUCUUGUAUCUACAUAUCAAAGAUAACAAAACAAUUGUAAGUUAAUUAUUAAUAUUGUUGAUUACAUUUCCUUAAAUUAUUCAAAUAUAGUUAUCUAAUAAUGAUCAUGAAGAAUGUAUUUGAUGUACAUAUCUCAUUUGUAUUAGAUUUUAUAUCACUUUUGUUUUAUAUCUGUGUGUUCAAAGUAUGUUUGCUGUUGAAUAAAGUGUUCAAUCCACACAACAAAAUAAUGCAACAAGAAUUGACCAAUUUA